AAAUUUCAUACCUGGACAUAUAACACCCGCUCAUGCCUCGCGUCGUUUCAAAGGCGAAUGUUUUGUAUGCCUAAACAUUUUUUAUCAGUCUUUUUUUUUCUCCUGAGAGAUCGUGCAACAGGAUUUAAUUUUUAAGUCGCUCGUGCCUACAUACUUUGAGCGAACCUCUUGUAUUCCUGUUCUUUGAAGACAUCUCUCUGAGGACAAAAUGCCUCAAACGCCGCCUUUCACGGGGACGUUUGGGUCCAGCAGCUACAACAAGAACCUGUACCAGGCGAAAGAGGAGGACUACGGGGGUCUGUAUUACCACGAAAACAAUCUGGUGUCAGGAUCUCUGGAAGCCCUGAUCCAGCAUUUGGUCCCCACUGUGACCUACUAUCCUGACAGGACUUACAUCUUCACGUUCCUGCUCAGUUCCCGGCUCUUUAUCCAUCCUUACGAGCUUAUGUCCAAAGUCUGUCACCUGUGUGUGGAACAUCAGAAACUCAGUGACCCGCAGGCAGACAAGGGGAGAAUCAGGAAAAUCGCGCCGAAGAUCCUGCAGCUGCUGACGGAGUGGACGGAGACGUUCCCCUACGACUUCAGAGACGAGAGGAUGAUGAGAAGCCUCAAAGACCUGACGCGGCGGCUGACCACCGGCGACGAGGUCUAUCGUAAGACUGUGCAGCAGAUGAUGCAGGCGUUGAUUCGCAAGCUGACCACACUCAGUCAGUAUGAGGAGGGUCUGGUGAAGAUCAGCGCCUCAGCGGCGGACAGACUGACCGUCCUGAAGACCAAACCGCAGUCCAUUCAGAAAGACAUCCUGUCCAUCUGCAGUGACCCUUUCACCCUAGCCCAACAGUUAACACACAUCGAACUGGAGAGACUGAGUUACAUUGGACCUGAAGAAUUUGUUCAAGCCUUUAUUCAAAAAGACCCGCUGGACAAUGAUAAGAACUGUUUCAGUGACCAUAAGAAGGCCAGCAACCUGGAGGCGUACGUGGAAUGGUUCAACAGGCUCAGCUACCUGGUUGCCACGGAGAUCUGCAUGCCCCUGAAGAAGAAACAGAGAGCUCGGGUCAUCGAGUUUUUCAUCGACGUGGCGCGAGAAUGCUUCAACAUCGGCAACUUCAAUUCCCUCAUGGCCAUAAUCUCUGGGAUGAAUUUGAGUCCAGUGUCCCGCCUAAAGAAGACAUGGGCCAAAGUAAAAACAGCCAAGUUUGACAUCUUGGAGCAUCAAAUGGAUCCUUCCAGCAACUUCUACAACUACAGAACCGCAUUGAGAGGAGCGACGCAGAGAUCCAUAACGGCACACAGCAGCAGAGAGAAGAUCGUGAUUCCGUUCUUCAGCCUCUUAAUCAAGGACAUUUACUUCCUGAACGAGGGUUGUGUGAGCAGACUGCCCAAUGGGCACGUCAAUUUUGAGAAAUUCUGGGAGUUGGCUAAGCAGGUUAGGGAGUUCAUGACCUGGAAGAAAGUGGAGUGUCCAUUCGAGAGAGACCGCAAGAUCCUGCAGUACCUCUUAACCGCCCCGGUCUUCAACGAGGACGCUCUGUACCUGGCGUCGUACGAGAGCGAGAGUCCGGAAAACAACAUGGAGAAGGACAGGUGGAAGUCACUCAGGUCAACAAUUUUAAGUAGAUCGUAAUCCUUUGAUGAAGGCAAGAUCAAGUGAACCUCUAGACAAGCAAGCUGUCUUUUGUUUUGGUCCUACCCCCCCCCCCCCCCCAAAAA